UUUCAACCAGAGCUCGCUUGCCAACCGGUUUUUGAAAAAAACCUCAUUCAGUUUAAACUGUCUCUACAAGAUGUAUAUAAAUGUGGAYUGACCAAAGUGACCAAUCAAGGAACCGGUACAGUCACGUACUAUCAUCAGAUAGUCAUAGAGAAAGACGGUGGCAAGAACUAUGAGCACAAGUCUUUUGUAAAUGUGAAGUGUUGGUUUUCCGGAAACAAAAAUCACACAGUGGCCAAAAGAAAUGUACUACCUGCCGGAUUCCAAGAGCCAGAGGACUUGGAGAUCACCACUUCGUUGACGGAAAACGCACCGAUUCCCAUGCUUAAGGUGGGUGUGCGACAGGGUGGUAGUAUCGUUAACGGCGAACUCAACGUCAACCCAGGCACGCCRUUGCAAAUGGAAAUAUACCUGGACAAGGACAGUGCCCCGAUCUAUGGGCUGCUGGUGAGCUACAUGCAAGUGACGGACACCAAAGCGCAAGAGGAAACCAUCAUAUUUAACGGCUGUUCGGUGGAUCCAUAUUUGUUCGAAAACUUUAAUACGGUGGACGGCGAUUUUUUGACCGCUAAAUUCAGAGCGUUCAAGUUCCCCGAGUCAACGUACGUGCAGUUCAAAGGCACUGUUAACGUCUGUUUAGACAAGUGCAGAGGGUUACAUCCUGUAUAUUCAGUGAAAUUGGAAAUCGACACGACAGCGGACGAACGGAACCAGACCAACUCGAACUCGCUGGACAUGAGGCCCAAGGGUGGCGCCAGAAACACUGACGGUACCGACCACAUGCGUGUGGACACCGAGGAAAUCCGCGAAGAGCUCAAGUACACGCUGCUGGAGACCAAUUCCGGCCACGUUCUGGGGCCACGCGCUGUGGCUGCAGUGGCCGUGCUGUUGCUGGUGGCCAUUGCGCGUGGUGCGAUGAUGGACGUUUGA